AUGUACGUGAGCUACCUCCUGGAGAAGGACGGGCCCAUGUACCCCGGCCCGGUGCGGCACUCGGGGGGGCUUAACCUGGCGGCGCAGAACUUCGUUGGUGCCCCGCAGUACGCGGACUACGGCGGCUACCAUGUGAACCUCGACGGCGCCCAGUCCCCCGGGCCGGCCUGGCCCGCGCCCUACGCCGCCCCGCUCCGCGACGACUGGGGCACCUAUGGCCAAGGGGCGCCGCCGGCCGCCGGCGCCGUCCACGGCCUCAACGGGGGCUCCCCUGCCGCCCCCAUGGCCUACAGCCCCGCCGACUACCACCACCACCACCACCACCACCCGCACGCCCACCACCACGCCGGCCCCGCGCCCCACUGCUCGGCCGGGGUCAUGCAGCCCCUCAACGCCGCCAGCGCCGCCGCCAGCGCCGCCCCCGAGCCGCUCUCCCCCGGUGGGCAGCGCCGCGGCCUCUGCGAGUGGAUGAGGAAGCCGGCGCAGCCCCCGCUCAGCAGCCAGGUUAAAACCAGGACGAAAGACAAGUACCGCGUCGUGUACACCGACCACCAGCGGCUCGAGCUGGAGAAGGAGUUUCACUACAGCCGCUAUAUCACCAUCAGGAGAAAAGCGGAGCUGGCCUCCAACCUGGGGCUGUCAGAGAGGCAGGUGAAAAUCUGGUUCCAGAACAGGCGGGCGAAGGAGAGGAAGAUCAACAAGAAGAAGCUGCAGCAGGCGCAGCCCGGCGGCGCGGAGCCCCUCAGCCCCAGCGCCUCCUUGCAGGGUCCGGCGGCGGGGGCGGCCGGAGCCGGGCUGGGCCCCGCGGGCCCGCAGUGACAGCGGCCGGGGACAGCGGCGCAGGGACUGCGGGAGGACGCGGAG